AUGAAAAUAGUAAGCAUCUCGGAAGAGAAGCGUAAAUACGACCGCAAAGAAGAGAUUAAGGAGAUUCUGGAUGAGAUUGAAGAGUCCCGAAAUGUUUUGACUGGAGUUGAUCUUAGUGAGAAUUCGUUUAGUCCGGAGUGUUUAUUAGCUUUAGUGCAAUUACUUAGUACAAUCCCACAACUUGAGACCGUGACUUUCAAAGGCAUCUUUACGCAGCGAGUUAAGGCUGAGGUGGAAGAGUCAUUAGGCUACGUAGUAGAGUAUCUUUCUAAACUAUCUGGUAUUAAGUACUUUGAUCUGUCAGAUAAUGCUUUAUCAUUGCAUGGCAUGAAGAUCCUCUGUCCUUUAGUGGAGAAGAUGCACACUUUGCAGCACUUAGUGCUUAACAACAAUGGUAUAGGCCGAGAUGGAGGAGAGUAUUUGGCAGAGGCUUUGACUGCUCUAUCUAAAGAAAGUGUUGCUUUGCAGUCAAUUGAGAUAGGCCGGAACCGAUUGGAGGACUCAGCUCGGAAGAUUGGCAAGGCUCUGGAGUUAUUCCCGUAUCUAGAUAGUGUAAAGAUCUACCAGAACAGUAUUCCUAGUGUAAUAAUUGGAGACUUAUUGCACUCCCUAAUGCCGUUGCACUUACGGGUGCUAGAUAUUGCCGACAACUUCUUGUUAGAACACGGCUCUGUUGUUUUAGCUAAGUGCUUGGCCCGUUGGAACAUUGAAGCUUUGAAUGCUAGUGAUUGCUUAAUGGGCGAUCGAGGGCUGGAGGCACUAGCUCAAGGCAUUCAGUUCCGGAGUAGAGUUCAAGGUGAACUCUUACCAGAACGCGAGAUUGAUUUGUCGUACAAUGAAAUCACUUCUUCUUCAUUGCGCAGUCUGCAGGAGUUCAUGCAGAAGACAGCAAUGUGCACAUUGAUUCUAACCGGGAAUGAGUAUACUUCAGAGGAAGUUGAGCAUUUAAAGGUAAUUGCUGAGCAGAUAGGAAGUGAUUUGCUCAUCAAGGAAGAGUCCGAGGACGAGUUUGACUUCUCAAGUGAAGAGGAGAGUCUGAAAGAGAAAGAGAAGGACUUUUCCGACGAGAUUGGUAUUCUCGGCCAGAAGCUAGCGGAGAUGAGCUUACAUCCCGACGAGCCGGCUACUACUUCAACCAAACAGCCCUAA